CUCAUUCUCUUUGGUCCGCCGGGAGCCGGCAAGGGCACGCACGGACCCAAGAUCGAAUCCAUGCUCGGCGUCCCCCAACUGUCCACCGGAGACAUGUUGCGCGAAGCCGUCGCGGACAAAACGGACGUGGGGAAAAAAGCGGAAGCCGUCAUGAAAGCCGGCGGUCUCGUCGGGGACGAUAUCGUCGUGGGUAUUAUUCGGGACCGGAUCCAACACGCCGACUGCAAGUUUGGUUUCAUUCUCGACGGAUUCCCGCGGACGCUCCAACAAGCGCAAGCCCUGGACGCCAUGCUCGCCAAGGAAGGGGCCGUCGUCACCAAGGUCGUUGAACUCGAUGUCCCCGAUUCUGUACUGGAAGAACGCAUUUGCGGACGAUGGAUACACAAGGGAUCCGGACGUUCCUACCACGUCAAGUACGCACCGCCCAAAACCAUGAAGAAAAACUCCAAGGGGGAGCCGAUCCCGGAAUCCAUGAAGGACGACAAAUCGGGAGAAGCCCUCAUGCAGCGGAAGGACGAUACCGCACAGGCUCUCACCAAGCGCUUGCAGGGUUACCACAACGAAACCGUUCCAAUUCUGGAGCACUACCGACCUAACGGCGUCGUCCGAUCCGUCAACGCCAACCAAGGUAUGGAAGGCGUCUGGAAGGAAAUCCUACAAGCCUUGGAGCGACCCAAGCAGGCCUAA